AUGGAACCCUACGCCAUCAAGGGGAAGCAUGCCAUCGUGACCGGUGCAGGGUCCGGAAUCUGCCUGGCCUUGGCCCGGAAAAUGCUCGAGGCCGGUUGUUCGAUCGUGAUUGCCGACAUUCGGCUUACGCCUGAGGCACAGGCCCUCGUCGAGAAGUGGACCAGCCCUGAAGCUGGCCCCGAUACAGUGACUGCCUUCUACCAGAAAACAGACAUGGCCGACUGGGCCCAGAUCAAGACGCUCUGGGAAGUGUCCCUGGCCCACUUCGGUGUCGUUGACAUCGUCGUCAGCGGCGCUGGGCUGUACGAGCCUCCCUCCAGCUCGUUUUGGUACCCUCCCGGAAAGUCGCCGUUGGCCCAGGAUGCGAUCGACACCAAUCCCGGCGUCUACAGAUCCUUCGCCGUGAACACCAUGGGUCCGAUCCGGCUCGCUCAGUUUGCCAUUGACUACUGGUUGGACAACCGCGACACGGUCAAGGGCAACCUCGUCUGGAUCGCCAGUCUCGGAGCCUACGUCCACUCCUUCCAGACGCCAAUGUACUUUGCCAGCAAGGCGGCCAUCGUCAGCUUUGUGAGGUCGCUCGGUUGCUUGAGGAAGCGGUUCGGCAUCAGGAACUCGGCCCUGUGUCCCGGGCUCGUAGAUACGCCUAUCUUCAACCCCGAAUACUGCCGUGCCCGGGUUGCUCCCGAUGACUUGAAGCUGUCGCCGGACCAGGCCGCCGACGUCGUCCUCAGCCUCAUCACCGAUGCCAAGUACGGUGAUGGAAACGUUGUCGAGACGAUGCUCGUGGGAACCAAGGACGAUCCCAAGGUCAACGUCCGUGAGGUACCGCUUGAGGCUCUGUACCCAACUGUUGGCCCUGUGGGUUCGGACAAUCACUUGCUGGAAGAGGAGGAGAAGUUUAUCCAACAUGUUGAGAAGCAUGGGAUGCACUUUUAG